UUUUUUUAUUAAUUUUACAUUUUUUAAGUUAAGCAAUAAUUAUUAUUGAAAAAUUCGAAAUAAAAUAAAAAUGAAAAAGCUGACGGGUUCGUUUCGCUACACCCAGUGGGACCCUUGGCUGAUCCUGUCUCAAAUUGUAUCAAUACAGUGCAUUUUAUACUUUACUUUGGGAAUUUUGUUGGUAAUUUUGGGGGCCCUCGUCGGCGAUACCAGGACUUUAGAUCAUAUAUUUGAAUAUCACGAAAUUCAAGUUAGAGAUAUAGGAGGCAGAAUAGUGAUUUCGGCAUUCGUUAUCAAUGCCCUAAUCGGUUCGAUUGUAAUGUGGUACAUCGUGGAACGUACCAAGCAAUGCAUGGACUUUAGUUGUACUUGGCAUGUCAUCCAUUUGGUGGUUUGCUGGUACUACAACAGCCAGUUUCCAACAACAUUUUCCUGGUGGAUUUUAAAUGUUGCUUGCGCGACCAUCAUGUGCGUUUGUGCCGAGUUUUUUUGUUUGAGGACAGAACUUGCCGCGAUUCCUUUAAGUUUAGGCCCGAGAACCGACUUGUAAAUAAUAAUUGGUUGUGUUUAUAUUUUUUAAUGUUUAUUUAUUAUACAGUUGUAAUAUAUAUUUUUAUAAUACUAGCUACGCAAGGGUUUACUUCUUUUUUAAAUAUUUCAAAUAAUUUGAAGAGUCGAAAGAGUCUUCCAGAUCAUCUUCAAUUACCACCUUCUUUUUGGGUUUUCGCUGUUCUAGUCUGGCUUUUCUUUGUGCUUCAGUUAAAGUCCAAAUGUUCAAAGGGAGCUAAAAAAGUGAGGGAGUUAAAAUAAUGAUUUUUUGAAUUAAAAGAUACCAAAGAUUCUUUACCUUGAUAAUUUUUCUUGGCUCGGGAUAUCGAAUGGUAAAAGUGGAACCAUCAGGCUGGACCAUUAAUGUAGGGUAAGUUCUGGCGUAGGUUAGCCUGUGCGGUCUCGUGAUUGAGGCAGCAAACGAGCUCAACGUCCUCGUUUGGAUUUUAAUUAUAUUAUAAUUCAUUUUGUUUAGGAAUUUGUUUAUAAAUUUUUUUUUUUUUGGAUA